AGAAUUUCUGCUCUGCACACGUGGAGCAUGGCGGACUUCGAGGCGCAGCUCGAGGCCGAGCGCCGCGCCGUCAUGAAGGCCAAGGAAGAGAACCAAGUGCUCAUGGGCAAGCUGCAGGAGGUUGUCUCACGCUACAAGCAACUGCAGCAGAGCCAGAGCGAUGAUGCGUUACGGACGCGUACGGCAACGCUAGAAAAGGAGAAGGACGACUUGAUCGGGAAGCUCAAGACGCUCGUCGCCAAGUACCGCGAGCUCCAGAAGCAGCAAUCCGACAAUGGUGAUGCAUCGGUCCUCGCGGAGCGUGUCCAAGCCCUCGAGCUUGAACUUGCGCACGAGAAGAUGCGCAACGACGGGACCGACACGAGCCCGCUCUACGACGAAGUCAAGAAGAAGGAAGCCGAGAAGGUGGAGGUCGUCACAAAGCUCCAAGAGGUAAUCCAGCGCUAUCGGAAGCUACAGCAGUUUGUUCUGGAGACGCAGGCGGCGGCCGACGCCUCCGCAGCCCGCGUCACGGAACUCGAAGCGUCGCUGGCCGCGAAGGACGAAGUGCAUCGCGUGGCCUUACGCGACCUCGAAAUGUCCGUGACGAGCCAACUUAUGGACGCUGUCAAGAGCAAGAUGGACACGAUCAACCUGCUCCAAGAUGAGCUCGAGCAAGCGCACUCGAACGAGCGCACCAUGCACGAGCGGCAGCAAGAGCUCGAGGCCGCCGUCAACAAGCUCAGCGUCGAGAAGGCGUCGCUCAAGGACGAGGUCGCGACGGCGCUGGCAGACAAGACUGCGCGCGUUGCAGAGCUCGAGGCAGAUUUUGCGGCGCUGCAGGCGGCCCAUGACGCGUCCGUCCAGCGACAUGAAGCCGACGCGACCUUGGUUGAGCGCAACGUGCGCGACGAGCUAGCGACAGCGCUCGAAGACAAGCUGCAGCAGCUUGCGACGCUCCAAGCAGCCUUGGACGACGCAGCCGCGGCGAAUGCAGCGUCCGAUGACGAGCUGACGUCAUUGCGCGACGCAAACGCUGCGCUGGAGGGCCGGGUCGAGGCCGCCGACGCGCGUGUUGCGGCAUUGGAAGCCGAGUGUGCGACGCUCUUGGACGCAAAGACGUCGGCUGAGACGGCGCUCUCGGAGGGCCAGAUCUCGUGGGCAGAGGCCAAGGCGGCUCUGAACGCGACAGUCGCGUCUCUUGAAGCCCGCGUCCCUGAUGCGUCGUCGCAGCUCAGUGACAACCUGGCCCAAAUUGAGAAGGACUUGGCCGCGUCGCUCCAGCAGCUCGAAGCUGACCACGAUGCACUCCAGCAAGAGAAGCGAGCGCUCGAAGGAACGCUCGAAGUGCGUCAGAUGACGUUUGAGGCGCUUCAGAUGCAGCUCCAGGACAUCGAAGCGACGACGGUCACGCACGAGGCGUCGCAGUCGCAGCUCCACGCCGAGUUCCGGUCGCUCCAGGCGUCGCACGAGGAUCUUCUCGAUGAGUCCUCCGCGCUCCGGGACGCCAAGACGACGUUGGAAGCAGAUCUCGCGGCGGCGACGCAGCUUGUGGCGUUGCUCCAGAGCCAGCUGGCGGACCGAGACGCGGCUCUCGACGACCUUCGCGCGCGCCAAGAGGAUCUUCUCGCCGAGCAGGCACGUAUCGAAGCCGACAAGGCCUCGCUCGAGGCAGCGCUCCGAACGCACGCGGACCGCGUCUCGUCGCUCGAAGCCCAGCUCGCAUCGGCAAUGUCAGAUGGUGUGGCCUCCUACGAGGCUCUCAAAGCAGCCCACAACCAAGUGCUGGCAGAAAAGAAUGAGCUCGAAGACAAGCUGACCUCGGCCGAGGACGUGGCCGCCGCUCUUGCCGAGAAAUCGGCGGCCUUGGUGCAGGCGACAAACGAGCUCAGUGCAGUCAACGCGCGGAUUUUGGCUCUCGAAGCGCAAGUCGGCGAGCACGACACUGCGCGCGCGACGCUCCAAGCCAGCUGCGACGCGCUUUUGAAAGAGAAGGCUGUGCUGACGGCGUCGCUGGCAGACACGACAGCCAUGUACAACGAUCGCCUCGCGUCGUUGCAAUCAGAGCUUGCGGCCGCGCUCAGUGCCCACUCGGAGCUGGACGCAACACACGCCAAGACUGCAGCGCUCCAGGCACAGCUCGAGGUCGAGUGCAGCCAGCUCCAAGACGCGUAUGGUACGCUGGAGCAAGGCAAGCAGCGUGACGCCAAAGCGUUUGAAGUGUCGUUGGGAGCCAAGGCAGCAGAGCUCGCGGAGCUGCAGGUGAAGCUUCAAGAUGCACUGCGCACUGCUUCCGCGCACGAAAGUCUCGAAGCAGCGCUGGGUACCCUUCGUGCGACCCACGCUGACGUCGAGCGAGAUCUCGCAGCCAAGAUGGAGCUUGUCGAGGAUCUCGAGGCCAAGGUGGAGGACCUGGAUGCGACGAAUGCGUCGCUCGAAGCUGCGCAAGCCGAGAUGGCAGCGGCGUUGGCGCUGCUCAAGCAGGAGAAGAGUGCGCUUGAAGCCGAGAUCAGCGCCAAGCAGAGCGCCAUCGGUCGCCUCGAAGCCAAGGCAGCGCACUUGGACGAAGAGCUCACGACAGCGCACGAAACGGCGCGCGCCGGGCGCAAGGAUGCGGCGGCCGCGCUCGCCAAGCUUGAGGCUGACUACGAGCACGCGCUGCAGUCCAAGGCCGACGUCGACGAUGGUGCCAAGAACGAACUCGCUGCUCUCCUCCGGGAGAAAGCGGCGCAGAUCGCGUCGUUGGAAAGCAGUCUCGAGGCCGUUCGGACCGAACUCGAGGACGCCAAGCACCACGGCGAUACGCUUCGCGACGAGUGCACGACAUUGAGCGACGCGCUCCACGCUACCGAGGCGGCCCAGAAUGCGAAAAUUCUUGCACUCGAGGCCGAUGUGGCGACGAUGACAGAAAAGUGUUCGUCGUUUGUGGGCGAUCUUGUCGAUGCCAAGAAGCAGCUGCGUGCGAUGCGCCAGGCGGCAGACGCUGCCGACACGGAGCAUGCCGAGGCCGUGCGCGUGCUGGCAGCCGAGGUCGCGGCGCUCCAGGCGAGCCUCGCGACGUCGCGUUUCGAACGGGACGCGGCUCUUGCAACCGCUGCCGCCGAUGCAGCGCGGGCUCGCGACGAGCUCGAAGCUCUACGAGCCGCCCUCGAAGCCGAAGUAAGCGCCAAGAUCGAGGCCUGCGCAGCGCUGGAAGAUGCGCUUCGUGUCGCGCAAGAGAAGGUGGAUGCCACGACCCAGGACGACGAACGCGUUGCUGCCCUUCGAGUCGACGUGGCCACAAAGACCAGCGCCUGUGUGGCACUGGAAGAUACACUCGCCAAGACAAAUGCAGAGCUGCAAGAAGCAUUGGCAGAACUCACGUCGAGCCGCAUGGCGUCCGAAGCGACGACGACGCAGCUCGAUGCGAUGACGACCUCCUGCGCCGCUCUACGAGACCAAGUGCAGCUGGCGCAAGCUCUCGUGUCGGAAAAAACAACGUCGCUGGAGGCGCUGCAGGAAGAGCUGGCAUCAGCUCGCUCGACGAACUACGAUCUGACGACUCGGCUGGCCGCUACAACCGACCAAGUCGAUUCUCUGCAGCAGACGAUGCAAGACGCAAUGGCGGAGGCGGCGACGCGCCAAGACAUCGCUCUGGAGCGAGCUCAAGUUGCCGAGGCUUCAUUGGAAGCUGCCACCGCCCGUCAUGAAGAAGCGCUCGCAGCACAGUGCUACGCGACCGGAGCCGUCAAGGAGGAGCUUACGCAGAAGAUUGGUGCGCUGGAAGCCCAAGUGGUGCAAGCCGAGGCCGACCUUGCCGCUGCAACUGCCGAGCUAGUAGCCGCGCGAAGUGCCCUUGGCGAAACGACGACUGCACUUUCGACUGCCACGACAACGAGCGAGACUUUCGCUGCAUCGCUCGACGAGUCGCAGCGCUCUCUCCAAGCAGCAACGAGCAAGUGCACGGACCUGGCGACCCAACUCGCGAACACGGAAGACAGGCUUGCCCAAGCUACUGCGUUGGCGCACGAGGCCGAGGCAAAGCUCAGUGCAGUCCAUGAAGCGCACCAGCUCAGGUCCAGCGACCACGCGGCCAGCACGAACGAGCUGGAGGCUGCUGUAGCAACGCUUGAAAACGAAAAGGCGGUCCUCGCCGCCUCCCUGCAGGACCUCAAAGUGCGCGUUGACGAAACGAACGCGGCGCUGCAGGCAUCGAUGGCCACGAAUGCAGCCUUGCGAACGGAGCGCUUGGCCUCAACGCACUCGCUGGAAGCCGACGUGGCGACGGCGCAAAGUAGCAACGAGUCGCUCGAGUGGCAAAAGUCAGACCUCGAAGACGCGUUGCGGACACUCCAGAAGGCGCACGAGGUCCUUGAGCACGAAAAGACGGCACUUGCGCAGCAGCUGUCGACGGUCGAAGGCCACGCAUCGGACCUCGCUACCACGUCAGACGCCCUUGCGACGCUGCAAGCUUCCUUCGAUGCGCUCUCGGCGGAGCACGCAGCGCUUCAGGAUACUCUGGCGUCGACCAACGCGACGAUCGCAGCGUUAACGAGCGAGGCUGAGCGACGCGAGUCCUCGACGGCUGAAGCGCACGCGGCGUGGACGGCGGAGAAGGAGGCACUCGACUCCCGUAUCGAGACGCUCGAGGGCGACGUACACGACAAGGAGACGGCCAUGCGCGCGCUCGAAGACGCGGUCGCGGCGUCCAAAGCGCAGUGCGAGGCUGCAGUCGCGCAAGCCGAGACCAAAGCCGAGGCCAUGGAGCGGGCGCUGGCCGCAGCCGAAGACGCCAAAGAUACGCUCGCGCAGUCUCUGAAAGAGAAACUCGAGGAGGUGUUGCGUCGGUACAAGAAGCUCCAGGAACAAGCACUGGACCUCAAGGGUCGCUACGAAGACAAGGUCGCCGAGGCCACGGCAGCGUCGGACGCGCUCGCAAGUCUUGCGACGGAGCGCGACGUAAUCGUCAACCAGCACGCUCUGCUCGCCGACCACCAGCUCCAACAAGAGCGUGCGCAGGCAGCGCAAAUGCAGGCACUGGUCGAACAAGAGAAAGCGCAGUCGGCGGAAAUCGAGGCGCUUCGUGCGCAGAUUACAACGCUCGAAGCUGCGUCCGCAGACAUGGCCGCUGCCCAUGAGCGCAGCCUCGCCAUCGCUUCCGAGGCAUCGGUGGGGACGACGGAAGAGCUCACGCGUCUCGAAGCGCUUGCGACCGAGAAGACGCGUGCGUCGGACGAGUUAACGUCGCAAAUGGCCGUCCUACGUGUGCGCUGUGAGGAGCUGGAAACAACCGCAAGCAGCGAAGCAACAGAACGGACGGCGCUAAUGGCGCGCGUGACGUCUCUCGAGAGUGCGGCGUCGACGUUGGAGACUGCGCUGGCGUCGUCGGAAGCUCGCGUCAAGCAAGUGCAGGCGCAGCUUCAUGUCGAGAUCGAGGCUGCGAGCGAAGCUCGGGAGGCGCUCGAAGGCUACAAGCGGCGCGCCCACGUCGCGCUCAAGAAGGCGACUGUCGACAGCAAAAGUUUCAACGACGAGCGCCAGUCGCUCCAAGACGAGAUCGCGGCGCUGCACGCGACGAUGACGGACCUCCGUGCGGUGCACGCAACGGAAACAGACGACCUCAGCCGGCAGCUCGCGGCCGCGGUCGCCUCGCGCAGUGAGCUUCUCCAGCAAAUGGAGGCGAGCACACGCGACCUCCGCGACCAGGUUGCGGCGCUGAGUGCCCAAGCCGACGCCGAGCGUCGAUGUACGAGACGCAAAAGGUGCAAUGGCAAGCCGCCCUCGAUGAGCAGGAUGCCAAGGCGCGCGCCGCGCGAGACGCAAACGCGCAGCUGGAGUCGACGAUCGAGGGCCUCAAGAAGGAGAUUCAGGCCAAGACCGACGUGGCCCGCGAGAUGCUCAAGGUCAAGGACACGGAAAUUUACCAGCUCAUGCAGAGCUUGUCCGAGGCGACGGCGCCGCCGCCGGCCGUGCCGUCGGUCGACAUCGAGAUCCUCAACCUCGCUCGGAUUCAGGCCUCUCACGAAGAGGAGGCUGCGCGCAUGCGUCGUCAGAUCCUCGAGCUCGAAGACCGUGCCGGCCGCGUCCAAAAGCAGUACGAAGACACGCGGCGCCAGUUGGAGUCGAGCCAGCUCCAGCUCGCGCGCCACGAAGAGCUGGGGGGCGGCCCGACCACCAACGUCGAAUACCUCAAGAACGUCCUCCUCAAGUACUUUGUCGCAGAGAGCGCCAAGGAGAAGGAGCAGCUCAUUCCCGUGCUCUCGACGAUCCUGCACUUUAGCCCCGCCGAGCUGCGGCAAAUCCAAGCAAGCACGAAGCGCCGACUGUCCUCGGCAGCGUCUUUUCGUACUUUGGCAGCACGAGCUAGUCGACACUAUUACCACUGCCGAGUAAAACACCAAGUGUAGAGAUAUCAUGGAAACCAUGCGCCUCCAUCAUCGC